AUGCAGCCUGAUGCAGCCGCGCGGCGACCCCGCCUGACCGCCGCCAUCACGGCCACAAGGCGCCUGGUGUUCGUAGCGCUGGCCUUGCUUGCAGAUGGGCAUGCAGCAGAGGCUGCCGGGCAGCGAGUGCGUGUCCAGGGCCAGCAAUUGCUUGUAGACGGCGAGCCUUUCCACAUCAAGGGCGUUUGCUGGAACCCUGUGCCGAAGGGCGGCACCCAUCCGCAGGACCUUGACUACCGCGGUUUCGUUGCUGUGGACAGCGAGUUGAUGGCGAGUGCCGGCAUCAAUGCCGUCCGCACAUACGAGGCCAUCAACGACACCGAGGUGUUGGACGUGCUGUGGGAGAAGGGCAUCUACGUGAUGAACACAGUGUACAGCUGGGGCGGGCUGCCAGAAGAUAGCGCCGUCGCGAAGGUGAGGGCCGUGAUGCACCACCCCGCCAUUUUGAUGUGGCUCGUUGGCAACGAGUGGAACUACAAUGGCUUGUACUACGGCCUGCCCUUCGAGGAAACGUUGGCCAAGGUCUCCAAGGUCGUCGAUAUCAUCAAGGAGGUGGACCAAGGCCACCCCGUGGCCACCGUGCACGGGGAGCUGCCCAGUGCAGACACCCUGAAGGCAUUGUCGAGCGUCGACAUCUGGGGCGUCAACAAAUACAGCGGCCUCACGUUUGGAGACCUCUUCGACACUUGGUCGCGGGUUUCUGAGUUGCCCAUGUUCCUUGGCGAGUACGGCGCCGACGCGUACGACGCGCGCGCUGGACAGCCGAACGAGGCGGCGCAGGCAGAAGCCACCUCGGCGCUCUCGGCGGAGCUCCUGAGCGCCAGCAGCGCAGCCAAUCGCGGCCCGUGCAUCGGCGGCGCGGUGUUCGAGCUCGCAGACGAAUGGUGGAAGGACGGCACUGGCAGUCCAGGCGAGCACGACGUUGGCGGCGUGUCGCCGGGGGGUGGCCCGUGGCCGGACAUGACCUUCAACGAGGAGUGGUGGGGCCUCGUGCGCUAUGACGGCACGCCGCGGCAGGCCUUUCGUGCCUACGCGCGGUCGAACGGUGGCUGGGCGCGCCGUGGCGGAGAUCACCGCGGGCUGUGCUACGCCUGUGCUGAAUUGGGCGAUGUUGCUGUUCUACGUUGUGGUCUUCAACGGUGA